GAGGGGGAGAAUCCAAUCCGGUUUGAGCUAGUUUUCUUCCAACAUUCACGUCUCUGCGCCGUAUUAGACUGUAUUGGCACAGCUUAAUACAGAAUAUACCACUGUAUUUUCUUCUGAAUUUACUACCAAUCGAAUAGUUUUCCCUUUUUUUUUUUAAAUUAAAAAAAAAAAUCACCCCAACACAAACCAACCAUGCCUAAAAGGAGCAAAGCAGCUGCAGGAGGUGACUCUGGGCCCAAGAGGAGAUCUCUCAGGUUGAAAGAUAAACCUGCACCUACAAAGGCAGAAGCCAAACCGAAGCCAAAGAAGGCACCUGCUAAGCCUAAGAAAGCUAAGGAGGUGGAGAAGGCAAAGCCUGAGGAGAAAGCGCCAGAGGCCCCUGCUGAGAAUGGGGAAGCCAAAGCUGAGGAAGAAGCACCCGCUACAGAUGCAGCUGAUGAAAAAGACGAGGCAGCAGAAUAACAUCACUCCAGCCCUGUCUUUUACCAGUGCUCCCUGUACCUCUUUUCUUGUACAAUUCAGGGGAAUAUUUUUAUCAACUAUUUUCUAAAUACAGGUUUUUUUAGUAGUUUGAUUGUAGAGAACACUUUUUUUUAAUGAAAGAAAAGAAAACCGAUUUGGACACGGGAAAUUCAUCAAAUCCCGCAAUUUUGGAUCAUAAAAAUUGUGGUCAUUGUUGUUACUGUCAGUGGAUUUCAUUUGAGUUUUAAAUGUGAAGGAGGCGGGGGGAGGGGGGUGGGGUUAACACGUCAACCAUGGAAGUUUGACGUUCACAGGAGCCGGGGCAACAACCGGGAGAGCUUACCUGCGUGGAAUACAUUCCAUAUGCUUUAUAAGGGACAGUGUGGGUAGUCUGCCAGGGUGGGAAUGAUCAUCGUCACAGUGCAACUCAUCGCUUUCUUGUUUAUAUCGAGUGUUUUAGGAUGUUUGUAAGCUUCUUUUUUUUCCCGUUUGUUAACUCUUUUACUCAUGCAGUUUUCUUAACAAAUCUGAUCAAUAAAUGUAGACUCCCUUGUACUGGAGCCCUCCCAUUCAGAAUUGUGCAUUGCAUGUUUUGGUUGUGUCUGUUGUGUGAUAGCAUCGCAAUAAAUUUGUAUAGCUGCUGUGUAAAGAGUUUUCAGUCCUUCUAUUUUACAGUGUUUAAUGGUACUUUUUGAGGAUGAUAAAAAUGGAAUUUGUUUUCUUAACCAAGAUAAAGAGGUUUUUAACCAUUACAAAGGAAACUGCUGAGAUUAGCCUUUUAAAAGGUCAACAAAUAAUCUUUGCAUUUAUUUAAAUUGGCAGUCAAUAGUAGAAGUAGCCCUGUGGGUUUUAGGUACCUGUAUCAAGUAAAAGUGUGCAGUUCCUAUUUGCUUUGUUAGAUGUACCUGUGUAAUGAUUGUUAAACCAAUAAAGCUAAGUUGGUAGUUUUUA